CCGACCUGGGUAUUGAAUUCUGGGCUUCUACUUUUAAAUUUAACUUGCUGUCCCUGCCCAAUCAUUCCUUCCUUCCUUUUCCUCCUUGUGUUUCUCUCAACUCAAACUUUUCAAAUUUUAAUUUUUGUUUUCAAGCAGAUUCAGAACAUUACCCGUCUCAAGAAGUUUGUUUCAUGAUUUGCUGAAAAUGACAUCUGUUGAGGGAAAUACGGCUGAGCCUCGGAAAACUAGUAAUCCAGCUGCUAACACUGCUAAGAUUCAGAGUUCAUCAUCAUCAUUCCGAAGGUGGGGUAGGAAGUAUCCUUUUAUCAGAUAUGGGCUUCCAAUGAUUUCGUUGACUGUGUUUGGGGCAGUCGGCCUUGGUCACCUCUUGCAGGGCAGCAAGGAUAUAGCAAAGGUGAAAGAUGAUCAAGAAUGGGAAAUUAUCGAGACGAGGAAAGCAUUAUCAAGAACAGGACCCAUUGAUGCAUAUAAGCCAAAAAAGAUUUCAUUAGAGGAAGAAUUAAAGGCUUUGCAACAGAAGGUUGAUAUAAACAACUAUGAUUACAAAAGAAUUCCGAAGCCGAAUGAAGGCAACUCAGGCUAGUAUAUUUUGUGCUCUCAAUCCAAAAGGUUUCUUUCAUACUUGCAGUAAUAUUAGGAUUUUGGUGCUUUUUUUUUUGUGGUCGUUGCAUAUUUAUAAAUACCCACUUUUAAUCCAAAUUCGUUAAGAAUAUGUUGCUCAUGUUGUAAUAGAUUGUUGUGAAAACUUAAAACACAAUUUUGGUAGUUGAGAUUAAUGUAUGUAGCACAUGGUUUAAUAUUCCAUUUGAGAAUUUUUGAAAA